AUGGGCGAUUUCAGCCUGGCUGGAAAUCGCCCCCAGCGCUCUCAUUGACUUUCAUGUAAAAGCUUUUUUUUUCAAACUGCAAGCCCUGCAAUGCAUUCUCUAUGGGUUCCGGGAGUGCUUGCACUAACGUGAUUCCAUCAUAUCAUACGUACACUUCAGUGAAUGUCACGUGGUGCUUUGCUGCCGCCGCAGUCACAUUCACGAUCGUCAUGGCGAAUAUUACAGCUCAGAGCAACUCCAUCAUUUCAUUUAGAGAAUUACCAUUUAGUCGUCGAAGCAAUCAGGAAAAAUUGGCUGUUAAACAAUUAGGACCAACCCGACCAAAUUUAAAUAUAAAACAAAUAUCAAAGAAAGGAGGCAAGUCGUACACCAGGGGAUUUUCGCGGUGCUGGUACGAGAGGAAAAACUGGCUAGCAGGAUAGGAGCUAGCCAACGGACUCUUCUGCUACCCCUGCGUCCUCAUUCACCCUGAUGGCUGCACCACGGAAACACCUUGGACUACAACAGGUUUCAAAGAUAUGCAUCAUCUGUCCGAAAAAAUAAAAAAGCAUGAAACAUCGAGGAUCCACAUUGACAGCUGCUUAAAACUGUCAGCGUUUGGGAGCGUCAACAUUACGGAGGAGGUGAAGUCAGCCAGCUUCGUUGCGAUACAAGCUGACGAAACAACGGACGUCUCGACUCAGACUCAGAUGGUCAUGGUAUUGCGAUACAUUGAUGGGAGCCAUGCUGUUCAAGAGCGUUUUUUUGAGUUUGUCCCCCUCUCGUCUUCAAUGGCUGACUCGAUUGCCACUGCUAUUAUGGAGAGACUGAACAGUCUAUUCACCGAGGAAGAGAGGGGUAAACUCAUCAGAGAAGGCUGGUGUGCAGCAAAAAGUGCGAGAGCAUUACAAAAAUGCACAUUAUUUACAUUGCUAUGCACACCAGCUGAAUUUGAUCAUGCAGCAAGCCACUUCUCAGGUCCCAGCAGUGAGGGUUUUUUUCUCUAUCUGAAUGGCAUUUCUAGCUUUUUUAGUCGGUCACCCAAACGCACCACCAUCCUCGACCAGGUUGUUGCACGGAGGCUGCCAAAAGCAUCGGCCACAAGAUGGAACUUCAACAGCAGGGUCGUGAACACAGUCUAUGAGAACCUAGAUGACCUCAUAGAGUGUUUUGAAGCCAUCAGCACAGACGGCUCAUUUGACUGCACCACAGUGAGGGAGGCAUCUGGCUACCUGAGGAUGCUGCAGGACGAUGACUUCAAGUUUUUCCUGCAUCUAUUUCAUCAAAUCAUGCCUCACGUUGACAUUAUGUACCAACAGCUGCAGAAGAAGGAAAUUGAUGCAGUCUUCAUCAAACGUGCUCUGCAGAGCUUCACAAGCAGUGUUCAAGCCAUACGGGACCAGAGCUCAUCUCCAGAGCAGCAGCAAGUAGCAGCAGGAACUACAGGAAAAAGGAGGGCCUUUGGAGAGCAAGACAAGCAGAGGCUGUCUAAGGAGGUCUGUGACACCAUCUUGGGCCAUGCAAACGAGAGGUUCUCUUUCACAAGCCACCUUGUGAGUGCAACGCUGCUACAAGGAGACCUGUUUGAGCAGUACUGCCAUGUGUUCCCUGAUGAGGCUCUGAACACCACUGCCAAGGCAUACCCCAUGCUGAAUAAGGCGAAGCUCAAGACUGAACUGUCCCUUAUCUACGAGAGUCCAGAUUUCAAGGGCUGCAGUGGUGCAUUGGCACUCUACCAGGUUCUACAGAGGAACAACCUCCACGAGACCCUAUCUGAGACUGUGGCUCUGUUGAACAUCCUCAUAACCACUCCCAUGACAACUGCUGAAGCUGAGAGGUGUUUCUCGACCUUAAAGAGAAUCAAGACAUUCCUGCGAAACUCAAUGGGACAGGAUCGUCUCAAUGCUCUGGCCAUGCUUUCCAUGGAGAGGGAACUAGUCAGGAACAUGCCUGAUUUUAAUGAGAGGGUCAUUGAUCACUUUGCUGCUUUGAAAGAGAGACGAGCAAAAUUUCAAUACAAGUGAGAAAUGUUGUUUUAAUGUUGUUGUGUUGUUGCACUACUCAAAUGUUGAAUUGGAAAUAGCUGUAUUAAUUGCAUAUCAUUAGCCAAUUUUUUUGUUUGCUUUGUAAUGUACAUGUUUCUUAUGGGUAAAUUCUUGUUAAAUAGCACCCAAUGUUUUGAUUAUCACCUUGGAUCAUUCUUGUUUUAGGAAUACUUUAAAUAUUGCAAUGAGUAGGCUAUGCCACUAGUUUUUAUAUAUGCUGUCAUCAAGUUGUGUGAUGAGAACUGUAAAUAUUAUAAUUACUAGGCUAUGCUUACAUCCAUUUUUUUGUUAAAUCAGAACACAACUGCUGCACUUAAAAUAAAUGUUAUCAGAUGGAGAAA